CCUUUGUUUUCUUCCGACGGGCCACGAAGCGGUUCCAUUGACUCUCUCAAUCGAAACCCAGUUCUGCGUGGGCCGGGAGGGUUGGAGUGGGGAGCCGACGAGGCGGCAGCGGAGGGGGAUCGCCGGAGACGGGAUGGACGUGCCGUGGCUGCUGGUGGCGCACGGGUCCGUGACGGCGCUGGUGGUUGUGUCGUUUCUCUGCGGGCAGUGGCCCAUCUUCGAGGGCACCUUCGUUCAGAGCAUCAACCACUUCCUCACCUCCGGAGCCUACCGCCACUUUCUGCGGCUCGUGCAGGCGGCGUGCGGUACUGGAGCCAGGGAUCUCGUGCUCGGCGUCGAGCAGUACUGCUGCGACCGCCCUAACCCUAUCCUGCAGGUUUUGUAUGUUGCCAUAAUUGGCGGAACAUAUUUUAUAAUAGUGCAGUCAUCUUUCAAGUACAUUCCUGGGUAUUACGUGAGUGUAUUGCACAGGUACCUGAGCAUUGUGGUUGUUUCUAUUGGUGCUAUACUCUUUGUCCUCACUAGCUUUUCUGAUCCUGGGACUGUUACUUCUGAGAACGUGUCUCAGUAUGUAUCUGCCUAUCCUUUUGACAACAUUAUUUAUGUAGAGAAAGAAUGUUCAACAUGCAGGAUUACCAGACCAGCUAGGGCAAAGCACUGUAGAAUAUGCAAUAGAUGUGUGGCUCGAUUUGAUCAUCACUGUGGAUGGAUGAAUAAUUGCAUUGGGGAGAAGAAUACUCGCUAUUUUGUGGCCUUCUUAUUUUGGUGAGUUUUCUCUUACCUUUUUUCCAUAUUUCUUUUCUUUUGGCUACAUAGAUAGUCCCAACUCCCAAGGAUCCAUGACUCCAUUCAGUUAACAUCGACAAACCCCAUUGUGCUAUUCAAUUUUCUUUUUGUUUCUUAGCAUCAUCCUUAUUAGUACAUGUCAGACUCCUAAUUUCUCAUCCUCUUGGCACCCGAUAGUAUCUCUCAGUUACGAGCACCAACCAUGGAGACAUUAAUAAAUGUGACAAGCCCACUAGGUAUUUCAAAGUAGAUAUAUAUGGCUGGCAAGUUAUUGGGAGCUAAAAGAUUGAAGUGGAAAACAUUAUUGUUGAAGAUGUGACUUACCUUCUAAAUUAUUCAUAAAUAAUUUACCAUGUUCUAUCCAAGUGCAGUUGUUUAAAUAUUGUAUGUAUGAUUAUGCCCUCCUUUCCAAAAUAUAAGGUUUAUAGUCAAACAUGUGCAUGUUUGACCAAGUUUUUAGAGAAAAUAUCAAUAUCUACAGACCAAAUUGGGAUCAUUAGAUCCAUCACAA